CGGGGUGCAGCCCCUUCCUGCCGGCCGGCUCUCGGGUGCUGCCUGCGGCGCUGCCGCUGCCCUGGGCGCCGGGACGCGGCGGGUCCCUCCCCCGGCGCCGCCCAGGCACCUCCCUCCCUCCUUCCCUCCCGCCUUGGGCCGUCGCGGUGAGUCACGACGGAGGAGGCGGCCGCUCCGCUCCUCUCUGCUCGGCUCCGUUCGACUCGUGCGCCCGGCUGCCGCCGCCGCCGCCCGUGCCGCAGGACCGCCGGGGCCGGGCCGGCCCCGCACGCAGCACCGUGGCCUGUCCGUCAACUUCAGUUGCACAAGAGAGCAGAUAGACCAGAAUGAGCAAAACUACGGAGUGUUAAUAGGUCCUGAUUCAAUGCACAUUGAAGUCCUGUGAGGAACUUGGAAUUAAUUUCAUUGGGCUUUAAAGAAGUAUCCAUCUGUACACUUAAAGGAAGUGUGACCUAUAUUUUUGCAGCAGAGCUUCUGUAAAGGACCAGUAUAAAUACUGAAACAGUUUAAGGGCAGUUUCCUGGUGCAUUUUCCCCAGCUGCACUCAUUGACCUGGACUAAACACGUGGGUUACCUGACCUGCUCUGGUUUUUAGAAGCAGGAAAUCCAGGAGCUGGCAGGAGGGGAAUGAACCGUGAGGGUGUCCCCGGAAAGAGUCCGGAGGAGAUGUACAUUCAGCAGAAAGUGAGAGUCCUGCUCAUGCUGAGGAAGAUGGGAUCAAAUCUGACUGCUAGCGAAGAGGAGUUCUUGCGCACGUAUGCGGGUGUAGUGAAUAGCCAACUCAGCCAGCUCCCUCAACACUCAAUUGAUCAGGGUGCUGAGGAUGUUGUGAUGGCAUUUUCCAGAUCAGAGACGGAAGACAGAAGACAGUAACUGCAGGACACCUGAACAUGACAGAAGCAGAGAGGACCGUGAGACUCCUGAAGCUCGAGGAGGAUGGCUGAGCAUUAAUGAGUUCCUUUGCCCACCCUAAUUGUUCCUUGGUAUUCCUUCUCCUUUGUCAUUUAGUUUCCCUUUGCCCAACCCUCGGAAUGAAUCUCACAGCCGUCUAUUCCUGUAAGUUUUUGCCACUCAGCUGGGCAGUUAGUUAAGGGCAGACCUAAAGGUGUAUUUUUGAUUGGCUCCAGGCUGUGGUUGGCUAAAGGAAGAUGAGUUUUCCAAACUUGACCAAUGAAAACCUUUUUUCUUGCAUUUUAUUUUGUAUUUUAAAGCAAAUCUCUCGACAUCCUACUCUUAAAGAAGCUUUUCAUGCUGUGGUGCUUAUUUAGGUCAAACUUGUGAAUUUGAAGAGGGUUUGGUUUGGCUGCGUAGAACUGGAAGCAACUUGUGGUUGGUUGACAGUGCAGAUGCUUUCCCUUCAGUUGGCUUGCAGGUGUUUACUGACUGGCACAUUUUCCUGGCAGAAGGCUGAUGUUUGGUGCGUAGCUUACUCCUUACACUUACUGACUUGGGGCAGGGGGAAGGCCCAUGUGCUUUGCGGUAUUUAUUACAUCUACACACGUAUCAGCGCUUGCUUUUGGGGCUUGGUUUGGGUUUUUUGAUUGGCUCUGAAGUCAUGUUUUUGAUUUCCUGUUCGCUGCAGCGUGUCUGAUGCAAUCAGUUUUUCCAUUCGCAUCUGCUCUGUGGCCUGAAGCUCUUUUGGGAGCGUGAGUCGAACGCAGAUUUAGCUCAGUAAGUUACCUGGUUCAGCUGGCACACGCAGAUCCCCAGCGGUUCUGUGCUGCUCUCUGGGCUUCACUAGGAGCUCCUGGGAGGACCCAGCUGCUCAGGUGGCUUCUCUCUUUGCUUCUGACAGAGGAGCUGUAGAUAUUUUGCAGGAAUUGCAAGAGUGAGGUCUGUGGCUGUGACAGAAAUUUGCCAAAUUUGUAUAGAGAAUAUGUGACCUUGUUUGAAACACUGCAGAGUUCCACUUUAACCCUUUAGUUGCUGCACAAGAGUAGCUCUCACGCAAGGAGAAAUUACUGGUCACUAACUGACAUCCAGCUUGCACUGGGCUUUAAUAAACUGAACUUUCUAGACACUUGAAAAGCUGUGUGUGGGUUGGCUCCUUGCAGCUCUUGAUCUGGACCCUAAAGUAAUACCAUUUUCUUCAGGCCUUGCUUCAGGAGGCAGGAGCACUGCACUGAGCUGUUCAGUAGCGAGCGUCCAGGUGGCAUACUGAAGUUUACUGUCUCCCACACACAGACACAAAGCCACACACAGAGCUGUGCAGACUGAAAACCCUGCAGUGAAAUUCCCGAAGUGCACUGACUGUUCUGGAAUCUGCACAUGGCAUUUCUAGCACUGUUGUCUGAACCCUAGCACUUCAUUCUCUCUCCUAUGUGCAGGUCAUUUUUACAAUACUUCCAGGUUUCCCUGUGGGUUGCACUGACUUUUCCAAACGUUUCAGACUAUUAAAGCAGAACUGCAUUCACCUGCUCCUGGUUCCUUUCAUGUGGUUGUUAAUUAUUUAAAGUAACUCUCGCAGACUCUGGCUGUGACAAUGUGACCCUUUCUGUGGUGAGAAAUGAUGACAGGAUGCUGUUAUGGGCUCAGAAUGGGGGAGAAGCUAGAGAAAAGCCAUGGAAUGCAUGCAAAAGGAAGAAUGGACUUGUGAGCACGAGGAGGGAUGUGAUCUUGAGCAAAUAAAUACUGUGUGAUGAGAACAUCUCUUUGUGAAAAAGAUCUUCUUGAUUCAGUUGCAGCUUUGUACAGUUCACUGUGAAAGUAAAUCUUUUACCCCUGUUUGUUGGGACCACAUUAAAAAAAUCUUUAUUAAAAUAAACCAGGAAUGAGCACAAAAAA